AUGAUUCCUACAAUUAGCUGCUGUAAAAACUGUUUCAGAUCCAUAAAUAGGAGUAUAACUGCCAAACUCAAUGUUCAUCAAAGAAAAUAUGCUACAAUGAGGCAAGAAACGGUGUUCAUAGAAAAUACCUUAGAAGAGCCUGUUAUUGCAAUUCGGCCACAAGACAAUAUAGAUAUUAUUGGACCUCCUGACCCCCUUUCAAAUUUGAGACCAAUAAUCAGAAGGUGUCCAACAAAUGAAACUAUCUUCCAACAAUCAUUGAGGGAAAUGCAGGAUGCUACACAUACAUGGAAUCAGCAAUUUUGGACAGAUCAUAAUCAAAAGUUCAUCAAGCAACGCCAAGAGUUUAUCAACUCCCAUCAAGUGGAAGGACAAGAGAAGAGACAACUCAGUGCUGAUGAAAUGAGUGAAUUCUAUAAAAGGUUUCUUGAUGAAAAUUGGCUUACCCAUAUUAGAUAUAAUAAUGAAUGGUAUAAGAAAAACCUGACAAUGUUAUUUUUAGCAUUGAAAGUGAGUUUAGAAAGAUAUUUAGGAAUGUUCAUAGCUAAGAUAUAGUGUAA